AUGAUGUUUCCACUCCAUUUUCAUUACGAAGAUGUAUUACGUCAGGAUGUGUUGCUCAAACUGAAUCACGCCAAUGUUAUGGAAGUUCCUGGAUUGUUUGAAAUAAGAUUAGUACCAAAAGCUGCCUCUGAUUUCAGAAUCCAAUUUGGAAAAUUGGCUAUGGAGAUUUUGUGCGGUCAGAGAUUCAUACAGACACAAAGGGGCCCCUAUUUUCAAGUAGGAAAGUCGUUUCGAUCCAAUCCAUUCUUGGGGUCCGAAAAAGACACUGGAUAUGUCAGUGACUUUGCACGACAAAGCGUUCUCCGAGGGCAUGGAAUGUACCAUUUUUUGGUCAGAAUCUUUACAGUAAUGUCUAUGUUGGAUUCUCUGGUCGAAAUACGGGAAAACUCCAUCAAAUUCUUUAUGGAAACGGAGUUUUGCGAAUUCUCCCCGGAACUGGAAGAUCAUUUCGAGAUCUUCGAGCAUAUUCGAGGGUUCAAUGUGACUAUUGUCACUUCGGCCAAUACAAAAGAUGAGACUUUACUACUGUGGAGCGGCUUUUUGCUAAAAGAUGAGGGGGAAACUAACAUCUCGAGGUUCUUUGAUGGGCAUAAAGAAAUCGUCUUGGUAGCAACCACCAAACCAAUAGAACAAAGGUUAGCUCUGCAGCUAGUCCACAAGCAAGGGUUGUAG